UGGGUCCUGGGGCUGUGGGAGGCAGAGGACCUCGAGCACUGGAAAGCUGGGUCCUGGAGGAGGGCGGCUGAGCGCCCGAACUUCUGGGAAAGGAGGAGGCUAGGUGCUUGGACUCUUGGAUCUGGGGGAGAUGAGGGGGAUCUUAGUCCCAGAAUCUGGGGUGCUGCGUACCUAGACUCCUGGAUCUAGACCACGCCGCCAUGCCUCCCGCCGGGCCCCGCGCUGCCCUCCUGCCGCCGCUGCUGCUCCUGCUGCUGCGCACUGCCCUGGCCGUGCCCUUGGAGCGGGGGGCGGCCCAGAAGGACAGCCCCGCGACUGAGAGCCCCGACACCGGCUUGUAUUACCACCGGUACCUCCAAGAGGUCAUCAACGUGCUUGAGACCGAUGGGCACUUCCGGGAGAAGCUGCAGGCCGCCAAUGCCGAGGACAUCAAGAGCGGGAAGCUGAGCCGGGAGCUGGACUUCGUCAGCCACAACGUCCGUACCAAGCUGGACGAGCUGAAGCGGCAGGAGGUGUCGCGGCUUCGGAUGUUGCUGAAGGUCAAGAUGGACGCCGAGCAGCAGGAGCCCAACGUGCAAGUGGACCACCUGAGCCUCCUGAAGCAGUUUGAACACCUGGACCCUCAGAACCAGCACACGUUCGAGGCCCGGGACCUGGAGCUGCUGAUCCAGACGGCUACCCGGGACCUUGCCCAGUAUGAUGAGGCCCAUCACGAAGAGUUCAAACGUUAUGAGAUGCUUAAGGAGCACGAGCGACGCCGGUAUUUGGAAUCCCUAGGGGAGGAACAACGGAAAGAGGCAGAGAGGAAGCUGGAAGAGCAACAGCGCCGGCACCGAGAACACCCCAAAGUCAAUGUGCCCGGCAGCCAAGCCCAGUUGAAGGAGGUGUGGGAAGAGCUGGAUGGAUUGGACCCGAACAGGUUUAAUCCCAAGACCUUCUUCAUCCUGCAUGAUAUUAACAGCGAUGGCGUCCUGGAUGAGCAGGAGCUGGAAGCCCUCUUCACCAAGGAGCUGGAGAAGGUGUACGACCCAAAGAACGAGGAGGACGACAUGCGGGAGAUGGAGGAGGAGCGGCUGCGCAUGAGGGAGCACGUGAUGAAGAACGUGGACACCAACCAGGACCGGCUCGUGACCCUGGAGGAGUUCCUCGCAUCCACGCAGAGGAAGGAGUUCGGAGACACCGGGGAGGGCUGGGAGACUGUGGAGACACACCCAGCCUACACGGAGGAGGAGCUGAGGCGCUUUGAGGAGGAGCUGGCAGUGCGAGAGGCAGAGCUGAAUGCCAAGGCCCAGCGCCUCAGCGAGGAGACCGAGGCUCUGGGGCGGUCCCAGGGUCACCUGGAGGCCCAGAAGAGAGAGCUGCAACAGGCCGUCUUGCACAUGGAGCAGAGGAAGCAGCAGCAGGCAGCCCACAAUGCCCCUGGCCCAGAGGGGCAGCUCAAUUUCCACCCUGACACAGGUGCUGACUCCAAGGGUGACGCACCUGUCCCAGCGCCAGCCGAUGACCACAAAGGGGUGGAUGCUUCAGAAAAGAAAGUUCCUGAACCGCCCCAGUUGGACACCCAGAACUUGUGAUCCGUGGGGGCCCAGCCGUCUGAGUGUGGGGAGACUCCCACAGCAAACCUCCCCUGGGGGCCAGCGAUAUGUGUAGCCUCUGGGGGAGGUGAGGACAGACGGAGUGGCCUUGCUGCAUGGGCCAUCUCUGCUACAUCAGCGCCCUUCCUUAGUUCCCAAGUUCAUUGAGGGGACAGACCCUAACAGCCCCAGCCGCCUUUAUCCACGGUCUGGCCUCAGCCACCCCAGCCUGUGGCUGCUCGAGCGACCUGCCUGUGGCCCAGGGCUCAGCCUCAGCCAGGGGGUGUGAGCUUCUAUCGUCUCCCGAGACAUUUCCUCCCUCAGGGGCCUCCUGUCCUGCAGUCCCCGGGGAUCUCCACCCAGAGCUGCUGCUGCGCCUCCCCAGGUGCUCCUGGAGCUGCCCCGCUUCAGCCUCAAGUGGAGGUCCUCCAGGGACCGGGCCAUGCCCACCUCUCUGGCUUCACCCGAAGCUGCUCUCCCCCUUGCCUUUCUCCAGUUCUGUCUAAAUACACCUUCUGGAACACUGGGAAGAAA